GGAGACACAGCUCUUGUUUUCAUUUGGAGGAAAAUGGCGGCUUCGAGCCCGGAUCGUGCUCCGGGCAGAGGAGAGACUGAAACCGAGCCGGACACCGGCACAUUGACAGGACAUGGACCGAUCGUAAAGAGAGAGCCAGUACUGAAGCUCUUAAGUCCGGUGUGCGGCCUGGAACCGCUAUCUUGGUCAGAAGACCACAGAAUAUCGGCCUCUUGUACAAAUAGUAUUUCUCUAAUGGAAAUGGUGUGCGACAUUCACAGCUAUAGCCGAGACCUGAUCAUACAUCGGACCUCCAUCCCCGUGCCAGAAGACGUUUGUGUGCUACAGGUUGGCCCCGAGCGAGAAGUGCAGGAGGCGAAGGAGAGGUUCGCCGGCUCCGACGACCCGGCGGUGAGCCAGGCCUUCAUGCUGGACCGCACGAUGAACCCCGCCGUGGGCGCGCUGCCGCCCCUGAGGGGCACCAAGUACACCAGCUGGUCCCCUCCGGGCUGCGACGGGAACGGGCGCUGCCUGCUGGCCGUGCUCACGCUGGACGGGCGCCUGACCGUGCAGAGCUGCGGGCGGAGGAUGCGCUGGACGCCACUGGCGGACCUGACCGAGCUGUACGGGCGCUCGCUGGCGGAGCAGGGCUACGCGCCGCCCGGCGCCGAGCCCCCGCUGGGCCCGCCCGACCAGCUGCCCGAGCUGCGGCGGCGGCACCGCAUGCAGGCGCCCGUGCGCAUGGAGUGGUCCAGCGUGUGCGCCACGCAGCGGGUGCAGACCAACAACGAGUGCAAGGACGUGGGCACCGUGCUGCUGGCCGUGCUGAUGGAGAACGGCGACCUGGCCGUCUGGCACCUGGCCCUGCCCUUCCUGGGGCCCGACUCGGUGGUGUCCUGCAGCACCCUGCCCUCGGGCGUGGCCCGCCCCAGCGCCCUGGCCUGGUGGGAGUACCAGCACGGCGGGCGCCGGAUGAGCGGCCUGAUCGUGGGCAGCUCGGCCGGGCCGGUCAAGAUCCUGCCCGUCAACCUGAAGGCGGUGAAGGGCUGCUUCACCCUGCGGCAGCCCGUGGUGCUGUGGCAGGAGGCGGACCAGAUCCCCGUGCUGGGCGUGCGCUGCGUGUCGCUGUACCACCCGCGGCAGAAGUGCGACUGCAGCUUGGUGGUGGCGGCGCGCGGGCCCUACCUCUUCUGGUGCCUCCUGCUCAUCUCCAAGGCCGGCCUCAACGUCCACAACUCGCACGUCACCGGCCUGCACGCCACGCCCAUCGUCUCCAUGGCGACCGGCCGCCGGGACGGCGCCGUCUUCACCUGCGCGUCCGACGGCUCCAUAAAGAGGCUGACGCCCGUCUUCACCGACGAGGCCGUGACCUUCCGGCAGGAGGCGCUGGAGCUCCCCGAGGGGGUGGCGGGGCGGCGGGUGCACGGCAUGGCAGUCAGCCCGUACGGGGCCUACCUGGCCCUGCUCACCUCCGAGGGCAUGAGGGGCUGGCAGCACCCGAUCUCCCGGGCCCACCAGGUGCAGCUGGUGACGCUGAAGACGGCGGACGCGGCGGCGGGCGAGGUGCUCCGCUCCGGGGUGCAGAGCCUGUUCCGGCAGGCCGACCUGCUGGACCUGGUGCGCUGGAAGGUCCUCCAGGACAAGCGCAUCCCUCCCGGCCUGCAGGGGGAGCUGGACGAGAAAGUGUGCGCCUCGGGCAGCGCCUACCUGCGGCGCUUCAAGCUCUUCCUGCUGCGCGUGCUCUACCAGUCGCUGCAGAAGGCCCCGACCGAGGCCCGCUGGCGCCCCGCGCCCAAGACCGCCAAGGUCUUCCUCACGGACGAGGACGGCGACGAGGACGACGGCGAGAGGCCCUCCGAGGGGGCGGAGUCCCAGGGGCAGGAGGGCGGGGCUUCGGAGGAGCAGGCGAGAGAGAUCACGGCCAUGAUUCAGGAGACGGAGACUCACCUGACGCGGGAGCACAUGAAGACCGUGCUGGGAGAGGUCUACCUGCACACCUGGAUCACCGAGAACACCAGCAUCCCCACGCGGGGGGUCUGCGACUUCCUCUCCAGCGACUCCACCUACGAGGACAGGGCAGCUGAGGUGCUGAUUGGUCACAUCUUCAAGAAGAUGAACAAGCAGACCUUCCCAGAGUACUGCAGCCUGUGUAAGGAGGUGCUGCCCUUCAGCGACCCCCGGCAGGCCGUCUGCAGCAACGGCCACAUUUGGUUCAGGUGUGUGCUGUCGUACCGGGCCUGUCAGUCGCUCGACUACAGACGCUGCCUCCUGGGGGACGGCAUCGCCAGGCACCCUGCGCCCGAAGACCCAGAUUGGAUCAAGCGGAUAUUACAAGGUCCCUGCACCUUCUGCGACUCGCCACUCAUUUAGCCUGGGUCUGGCCUGGGUCAGGUGAGGGUCAGGCCUGGGUCUGACCUGGAUUUGGCCUGGGUCAGGUGUGGCUCUGGCCUGGGUCUGUCCUGGGUUUAGCUCGGGUCUGGCCUGGAUCAGGCCCGGGUCUGUCCUGGGUUUGACCAGGGUCUGGCCUGGAUCAGGCCUGAGUCUGGCCUGGGUCGUGCUUUCUUUCUGGGACUCGAUGGGCUGUGGUGAAGAGCAGAUCCCGCCAUCCUCCCCUGCCAUUGAUGUGACUGAUGAUGAAGGAGCUGAAGGCAGCGCUCCAGUUCCACGCUGUUCCCCACCGUCCAUGUGACCAUUACAGAGCUCUGGCCGUUUAUAACAGUACAAGCGGCUAAGUUUCCCCCAGUAUUGUGCUUGGAACAUUGACACGUUACCAACUGAUGUUGAGGGGGGAAAAAACAAAAAAUCACACAAAAACGUUGCUGACUGUAUGAGCUCAGUGAACAGGACUCCGGGCCAAUUAGAUGAAGCGAGAGCGGGAGAGAUGGGGAGCGGCGUUUAAAACCCGACUCGCCCCCCGCCUCCCCCAUGGGGCGGGCUCCUAACGAGGUUCUGCUGUAAUGAGGUGCGGCUCGGAUUCCUCCGCCGGACCCAGGACUCCUUUUAAUUAAGGGGCGGGGGGAGGGGGGUAAAGAGUGCACGUUGUUAAAUAUAAUUAACCCUCGUUUGAGAACACGGGUCGGGGGACAUCUGCGUCGGCCGCGUAGCCGUGCGCACCCCGCCCCCGAUUCCGGUCGCCACGGAGACUGGCGGUUGGCGGCUCCUGAUCAGAGGUGCGGUCGGGCGUCGUUGGCGAUGGUGGCGCUCUCGCCCGCUGCAGGCUCUGUCAGGUACUGAUGACUGACGGCCUUAGGAUGCCCGGGCACGGCAGACUCCACAUUUCUGUGGUCCAUGAUGGACUCUAAAUGGUUGCCACAGCGACAAGUCCCGCCUACUCGGACACUAUUCGACCCGUUUCCUGAUCUGCCUCACCCUCCUGAGGUUGUCUGCGGUCACCUCUUCGCUAUGCGGUCAGAAUUUGCACGUUUUAAGGCAAAGGCUGUUAUCACCCAAAUAUCCGUCUUAAUUCUGAUGCUAGAUGUUAUGACUGAGUUUUUUAUUUUUUGAUGGUCAUGUUAUCAACCUUUUGUCUGGAAAGCAGCGCAUUUCAUAAACAAAAACCCGCUUUUCCCACGAUACGAUGCCGUAAUAUACGGUUUUGACACAGGAAGCAAUCUGUGCAGUACAAAAUGAGGCACGACAGGGACGGGGCCACAGGAAGGAGAGGUUGUGGUUUCCCUUUUCCUUUUCAGAACCAAAUAUGAGCUGAGCGUGACCAAGCUCCCCCUGUUUCUGCCGUCCGGAACCUUCCAUUCACAGUGUUUGUUGCCUUUGUGGAAACGCGCUGUCCAGAGCGUACAGUUUUUUUCUCUGAGAUAUUACGUAUUUAUUCAGUGGAAUUGUUAUUGAACCGGUGGGGGUGAAUCACCAUGGCAACCUCUACAAGGGGCCCAAACUGAGGGCCCCAUUUAGAGACACCGCUCUUCUUCCAGUCAUGUGCUCACUGCUCAACCAAUCGCUGCUCACCGCAGCCUCUUCGUUCUCUCACCCGGUUACGGGUCUUCUGGUGGUGUCGUAGAAAAACUUGAAUAAACGGGCGAGAAAACUAGCCGUUAGUAGACCCACGAGGUCUUCAAUUUUGGCGGUUCUGUCUGUGGGAGGAUUAAAAAAGAAAACGGGUUUUUGGGUGGUUCAGGCCAUUCAUUUUGCGUGACCUCAUACUUUUGCCAAGAAUUUGUGUUUUUGCUUCAAUUUUAUUGUUAUUUUGUAAAUAAACUGUUCUGGAUUUGUA